AAAUGAUUAAUGCAAAUUUUCGAAAAGCUUAAAAAAAAAGACCAAAAAGUUAAGCUGUUAAUCGACCUCAAACUUCUAAUUCUAACGAAAGAAAGACAUAUACAGAAUAAAAAUCAUUCGAUCUGCAUACUUGGGUAGAUUUUGAAGAUCAAAUCAGAAAAAUGGCAAUUAAAAGUUUUCAUUCAUCUAUUGAGCAUAAGCCAAAAUUGCUGAAAAAAUAAAUCCCCAAUCAAAAAUAAUAAUUGUAAGCUUAAUUUAGAGAAUUGAUAAAAGACGUCCUUUAAAUGAACUUGAGAAAUGAUCUAUAUAAUAAAUUAUCAAAAUUUAUUUGA